ACAGUAGUAAAACUGGAGCAUAACCUUGUUUCCUUAUUGUGGGAGCAUGUAGGGCUUCCACCCGAGGAAUGAGCCAGCCAUGGAUUACUCUGCUAGCCCUCGUCUUAUUCCCACGGCCCCCGCUCGGCUCAGAAGUACCUGACAUUCAGGUUAAUGGACUUGUAAAUGGAACAGUCAGGUUUCUGCACCAUUUUGGCACAAACUCUACAACCCAAUGCACCGUAUGGAGGACAACGAAGGAAGAAAAGGUGGAAGUGGCUGAAUACAGAAGUAACAGAUUUACAACGACCAAUCAAUUAUACCAGAACCGAACAAGCUUCAGUAAAUCAGAAUUAACGAUUAAUAACCUGAGUAAGGAGGACAGUGGGCAAUAUACUAUAUCCUGCUGGCCUUCCCCCAAUUCUGCAACAAAGAAGAAGAACUACAUGCUUACUGUUCAUGAACCUCUACCUCCUCCAACCAUCAAUAAAACCCUAAGGGGAUGUAAUGCUACUGGAUGUAGCUUCACCCUUCAGUGUCUCACCCCAAACACCUCAUCCAAUGUGUCGUGCCGUUGGGAGAUCCUACAUCACUCCUUUAAUGAAUGUACCAUCCAAGUCCUGCUGGCAUUCUCUUCACUGGGCACAGAGUACGUCUGCUUCAUAAGCAACCCUGCCGGAAAGCAAGUUGCCUCAGUCACUGCUUGGCAGUUGUGUUCUGUUUCAGGCAAGAUUAUGAUGCAGUGUUUCAUCUGGGGACAUUGGCUACUAAUUGUACUGGGAUUGAUUGUUACAGUCCUUCUUGCAAUUGCUCUUGUGAAACAUACACUAUAUAAAACGCGAUGCACGAAGAAGAGGAAAGAUAGUAAAGAUGAAUCCAAAAUUCUACUGAAUAAGAACAAGAAAGAUGGGCCUAAACAAGCCAGACAGGUGGGAAACAUAUCAGUAGAGCCAAAAGCCGGGCUGAUGAAACAAAUGAAACAACGUAUAUCAAGCAAAAAGAAGAAAAGGCAAAUGAGAGAUACAGAGAGAACCCAGACUGGCCAGUGAAUACAAACAUGGGAAUAUUUACCAAAAGGACAUGGGAAAAUUCCCUGCAUAUUGUCCAAGAUCAAGAUCAAACCGUCCUACUAGGGACAUUUCAUUUGUGUAGACAUUUGUCCUCUAAUGUAUAAUGUAAAUAGUUACUGAAAUUGAUCUUUUCCUUAGGAAAAAAUAAAAUUUGAUAUUGCAAACUCA